AUGGCAGAAAUUGAUCCUCCCUUCUGUGAAGUCAAACACGUCAACAGUAAGAUUGGUGAUGGGGUAUUUGCAACUCAGGACCUAUCGGAGGGUGACUUUGUGCUGGAAUACCAUGGAGAACUCAUUUCCAUGAAAGAGGCCAAUGUCCGGAAUGAGAAGUAUGAAAAAGACAAAGAAGGAUCAUUCCUUGUGUACUUCCAAGACAAGAAAGGAACACGACUUUGUGUGGAUGCUACACAUUCAAAGGCAGUGGGACGAUUCGUGAACGAUGGCUGGAAGAAGCAUGAAAAGAAUUGUUUUCUAAGAAUUGUGCAGUGUGAAAACAAGUCGUAUAUCUGCUUGUUUGCCAAUAGAGAUAUCAAAAGGGGAGAAGAGUUUCGAUUUGAUUACGGUGUUCCAAAGUUACCUUGGAGAAAGAAGAGAAGAGGAAAACGAAGAGGAAAAUGUGGAAUCUGUCCAGGUUGUGUGAGAAUUGAUGAUUGCCGAAUGUGUAGAACUUGUAAGAACAUGAAGAGGUUUGGUGGACCAGGCACAAUGAAAAAGAAGUGCAUGUUGAAACUGUGCCACAAAAUGAUGGAUGCAAGUCCAGGCCAAAGCUUCACACCGCAAAACAUGGUUACGAGCAGCCAGAAACUACCCACAACUGUAAAGAAGACAGAUGAGAAGGCUGUCAACCCUUCCACGCAGCCAGUGACGAAAUCUAAGAGGACCGAUCACGAAUAUGAUGACUUUGUUUCACAACAGAGAAAGACUGCAUCACAAGAUAAUAGAAAGAGAAAAAGUUGCCCAGUAUCUCUGCCGCGAAUCAAAUUAAGUCGUCCAAAAACAUCCAAAAAGUGCUUAAAAUAUUCAGCUGUGCCCUCCAGAAAGACGAGAGGAGUCGGUAAUAGGAACCAAAGUACGAUCUCGCCAAAAGAUUCAGGAACAUCAAACUUGAUAAGUAAGAACACCAGGAGUAAGGUGUAUGACUUUGAUAACUUUGAUGAAAUUCAACCAUUAGAGAGUGGAAGUCAAGAAGUGAGGAAGCAAACUCACAGUGAAGAACAUACGUCUGCUCCAGGGCAAAGCAGACGCAAGGAUAAAGAACAUACGUCAACUCCAGGGCAAAGCAGACGCAAGGAUAUUGAACAUACAUCAACUCCAGGGCAAAGCAGACGCAAGGAUAUUGAACAUACAUCAACUCCAGGGCAAAGCAGACGCAAGGAUAAAGAACAUACGUCAACUCCAGGGCAAAGCAGCUGCAAGGAUAUUGAACAUGUAUCUGCUCCAGGGCAGGGCAGACGCAAGGAUAUUGAACAUACAUCAACUCCAGGGCAAAGCAGACGCAAGGAUAAAGAACAUACGUCUGCUCCAGGGCAAAGCAGACGCAAGGAUAAAGACCAUAUGUCUGCUCCAGGGCAAAGCAGACGCAAGGAUAAAGAACAUACGUCAACUCCAUGGCGAAUCCGGUACAAGGAUAAAGAACAUAUGUCUGCUCCAGGGCAAAGCAGCUGCAAGGAUAAAGAUACAGCCUGGUUUGAGGGCACUGAGUUAGCAGAGGAAGCUGAGCAGAAUACAGAAGAGGAGAGUCAGAAUGUAAGUAGUCAGAAUGAUAUGACCUACCUCACUCAGAGGAAGUACAGCAGCACUACCAGACGGGCCAAGUUGGAUGGCAUUAUUGCAAAGCUAAGGUCGAAAUCUGAUAGUUUUAUGGCAGAACUGAGCAGUGAUGAUGUAUUCCUAAAGGACAAGAACAUAUCAAAGAAGAGACGAUGUAGGAGUGAUAUAUUUGAAAAGGAGGACAGGCCAUCUGGAGGACUUUUAUCUAAAAGAGAAAGUUCUGAAGUUCAAGAUAACAAACCAAUCAUGGAAAAGGAGAAUGUACCAUGUGGGAGACGUUUGUCUAAAAGAAAAAGUUCCGAAGUUAGUGAGAACCAACCAGUCAUGGAAAAGGAGAAUGUACCACGUGAGAGACGUUUGUCUAAAAGAAAAAGCUCCGAAGUUCAAGAUAACCAACCAAUCCUGGAAAAGGAGAAUGUACAAUGUGGGGGACGUUUGUCGAGAAGAGAAAGCUCCGAAGUUCAAGAUAACCAACCAAGCUGA